AGAACUGCAAUGGCAAUGUGGAUUGCUGUCUCCAUGUGGACUGCAUUCUUUGCGUCCUUCCUCCUUUGCACAACGGCUAUCCAUUCCACCCACAGCAACUUCCCAGAUUUCGAUACUCCAAAACAAGGACAAUAUCUUGGAUCCCACAAAGGUUCUUUCUCUCACACAAACCCAAGCUGGAGUGAAUUAAACGAAGAUGCCAGCAAUUACCUUUACGGAGCUAUGGAUAAAGACGGCUUGGGACAAACAGCUGCCACUAGAAAUGGAUUCUUAACUUUAAAUUCUUGGCCAGAUAGUGAUUCCGUUACAAUGGCUCGUCAGAUACUUGGAGAUUCUAGCGACUCGAUAAACAGUCACAGUGGUGCUGAUAACGACGUCGUGAGUGACGAAGAUAUGCCAAAAGCCAAAAGAAAUGGUCAUUCUCUGUCCAUUGUCAAUCCCAUUGAAGUUCUGAGGCAACGCCUGAUGCUGGAAAUGGCCCGAAGACGAAUGCAAGAGAACGAAAAGCAGAUCCAGCAAAAUGAUAUUAUUCUCAAAAAUUUGGGAAAAAGAUCUGCUUCCUUCGACGGUGGAGAAAAUUUCGACAUUGCAAACGGAUCAGGCAAGAGGACGAAAGAUUACCUUAGAACACUACAGAUCACGGAUCCCGAAGAUUUCGAAGUUUGAAAAUGCAAGCUGCAAAAAAGAAUCACUAAAAAAAAUCUUAUGUAUAAAAGACACUUUCAUUCUACAAAAAUGAAACAAAUUAACGACAAUGCAGUAUUCAAAAUGUAUGAGUAGUUUUGAAAUUUUUAAUGGCACAUUCUAACGCACUUCCCCAAAAGCACUUUUUGAAUAAUCUGUGGUUCCUCUAAAUGUUCAUUUCUUAUCUGGACUUAACAUGUUUUGAAUGAAAUCUUCUACCCCUCGGUAUUUGAUGUCAAAAUUAAGAAUGUGUUCACGUGAUGUGUGAUGUAACUCUUAUAUUAAAAUGUUGUCGUUACGUGACUAUAUGUAAUUUUACAUGUAUUUUUCCUGUACCAGUGAUAUAAAGAAAGAUCAGUGAUUAAAAUUAAUAUCAUAAUCACAAAUUAUCAUAUAAUAAAUUUUUAUGUAUAUAUAUAUACUAUAUAUAUAAAUAAAGAAAUGUGUCGAAAA